CUUCCUUUGACCUCGAAAGUUUUUCAUCAAUGUCAAAUAUAUUUGUUUCUAAUCACGUGUGUUGAUACUAACCAACCAAAGAAAAACAUCAAAAAUGAAUGAUACAUUAAUACAUUCGGAAUAUAUUACCUCGUAUCCUAUUGCAGGUUCAUCAUCAUCAUCACCAUCAGCAACGUCACCAUCAACAUCGACAUCGAUAUCAUCAUCAUCAUCAUCGUUGUCAUCGACAACAACUUCGGUAUCAGCAGCGGCAGCAGCAGCAGCUGCUGCAGCUGCCGCAAUGAUUGGUUAUUCAACCACAACCGGUCAUCAAUAUCAUACACAUCCGCAUCAUGUAUCGCAACAAUUUUCCAAUCAUCAAUCACAAUUACAUCAUCAUCAUCAUUCAAAUAAUAAUAAUGAUAAUAAUAAUUUGCAACAUUUAAAUCAAAAUGGUCAUCAUAAUCAAUAUCAUUUGAAUCAUAAUGGUGGUCAUCAUUCACAUCAUGCAUCAUACAAUGAUAUAAUGAGUCAUUCAGAUUCGUUAUAUCAUUCACAUCAACAACAACUUUUUCAACAACAGCAACAACAACAACCACAAAUACAAUAUCAUGGAACAAUAAUGCAUCAUCAUCCACAUCAUCCUCAUCAUAAUAAUCAUAAUCAUCCAGAUCUAUUACAACAAGCAACAAAUGGUUUAUUAGCAAAUGAAGCACCUGAUCAUGGUACAUUAUUGAUGAUGAAUCAAAAUCAAAAUAAUUUAUUAACAUUAACAUUAAAUGGUAAUCAUAAUCAUAAUAAUGCAUCAAUGUUUUCACAUCAUCAUUUGUUACCAUCGUUGCCGCAUUCAUCAUUAUCACCGUCAUCAUCAUCUGCAUCAUCAUCAACGACAACAACACUAACAACAUUAACCGGGGCAAUACCAUCAACAACAACAUCCACAUCGAUUCAACAACAGCAAUAUACACAACUUGAUUCACCACAAUUAACAACAAUUCUAAUUACAACUAGUAAUGAUAAUAAUAAUAAUAACGAUGAUGAUAAUAAUGAUAAUGAUAAUCAAACAGCAACAAAUAUUCAUCAUCAUGGAUCAUCAUCUAAAUCUUCAUCCACAAUAACAACAACAGCAACAACGUCGUCAACAGCAACAACAUCAUCGACAACAACAAUAACGGGAACACCAUCAACACCAUCACCAGUAUCUAGUAAGAAAAAACGCCAUGGUGGUGUUAAUCAAUUGGGCGGUGUAUUUGUAAAUGGUCGACCAUUGCCGGAUGUUGUUCGUAGUCGAAUUGUUGAAUUAGCUCAUCAAGGUGUACGACCCUGUGAUAUUUCUCGACAGCUACGUGUAUCGCAUGGAUGUGUUAGUAAAAUACUUGGAAGAUAUUAUGAAACGGGUAGUAUAAAACCGGGUGUAAUUGGUGGAUCGAAACCAAAAGUAGCAACACCAAAAGUAGUCGAUGCUAUUGCUAAUUAUAAAAAAUCCAAUCCAACAAUGUUUGCAUGGGAAAUACGUGAUCGUUUAUUGGCUGAUGGUAUUUGUGAUGCUGAUAAUAUACCAUCAGUAUCAAGUAUUAACCGUAUCGUUAGAAAUAAAGCAGCUGAAAAAGCUAAAAAUCAUCAUCAUAAUCAUCAAAAUAAUCAUCAACAUCAAAAUGGUAAUUCUAAUCAUUCAUCAUGUUCAUCAUCAACAACUGCAACAACAACAACAAACGGAAAUUUAAAUCUUGUUAAUUUAGCAAAUUCACCACAAUCUGGUUCAAUAUCAUCAUCAAAUGUAUCAAGUCCAUCAAUGAUUAGUCCAAAUUCAAUCAAGACUGAUGAUUUAGUUAAUGGUAGUGGUAAUAAUAAUAAUAAUGUUGGUGAUAUUGGUGUUGGUGGUGUUAAUAAUUCAUCAUCAUCAUCAUCGAAUCAAACAUCGGUAAUCGUACAAGCAUCAUCAUCAUCAACAUCAUCGAUAGCCGCAUCAUCUACAUCUUUAUCGGCAUCAACAACAUCUGCAUCUUCGUCAUCGACAACACCAAUGGCAACAUACUCAAUAAAUGGAAUUUUGGGUAUUGAUUCAGUUUCACCUGAUUCACAUCAUCAUCCGCAUCAUCAACAAUUACAUCAUUUACAUUCGCAUCAUCAACAUCAUCCGCAUCAUCAUCAUCCACAUCACCACCAACAACAACAACAUCAUCAUCAAUUUUUACAGCAACAUGCACAUCCACAACAGCAGCAGCAGCAAUCAACACGUUCAAUGAAACGUACAUUACUUGAUCUUGAUGACAAUCAGAACAAUACGGUUGCCAAUACGAAUUCAAAUCAAUUGAAUGGUGUUACAUCAUCGUUAUCCAAUGCUGGAUCCGUAUCACCAACCAAAAUAACGAAAACAUCAUCAUCAUCAACAACCAACAAUAAUAAUAAUGCCAUACAUGAUGAUUCAGGAUCCAUAUUAAUUCUUAAUGAUACGAACAGAGAAUCUAUAGCAUCCGCAUCAUCAUCCACGGCAUCAUCUACAACAACAGUAUCGAUGAUUGGUUGUCCAAAUAAAAAAUUAUCAUCAUCAACAACAGCAAUAUCGCCAACGACAACAACAGCAGAUGUGUCCACAUCAUCAUCAUCAUCAUCUGCAUCAACAACAUUAUUACCUCCAUUUUCUGUUACAGUUUCAGCUAUUUCAGCUGGAUCUCAACAACAACAACAAACAUUGUCCACAUCAGCAACAGCCAAUAAUAAUAAUAUUGUUCAUAGUCAACAACAACAUUCGCAUCCUCAUUCACAUCAACAGCAACAACAUCCGCAUCAUUCUCAUCAUCAUUCUCACCAACAGCAACAACAACAAUAUCAAUAUUGGACUGUAUUAGAUGGUGGUGUUGGUGCUCAUCAUUCACCGGAUAUGAUUAAUGAAAAUGGUGGAACGACAACAACACCCACGCAUCAACAACAGCAACAGUUACUCAAUGAUCAUCAACAACAACAAUUAUUAAUUCCGGUUUCGCAACAUCAACAGCAACAACAGCUUUCUCAACAAUCUCAUCAUUCAACUAAUGGUAUUGGCAGUGGCGGCGGUUGUGUUCCAAUUGGAACCGGUGCAAUUGCAUCGAUACCAGGUGGACAUCAUCAUUAUGAAACAACAACUUUAUAUACACCACCAAUUGGUGCAAAUACAGCAACCGGUGAUUAUUAUGCAGCCGCUGCAUAUCAUGGUUAUUAUGCAACAUCAAAUUAUGGUGCAGCAGCAGCAGCAGCUGCCGCUGCUGCUUCUUCUGUAUCAACAGUUUCAACAACAACAACAUCACCAUAUUCAUCACAACAAGGAAAUAAUAAUAAUAAUCUUGGUGAUUUAUCAUCACCGAAUGGUGGUAUUGUCGGUACACCUACAACCAAUCAAACGCUUAUAAAUCCUUAUUAUUAUAGUGCAGUAAAUGUUGCCGCAAUUCAACGAUCAUCCGCAUCAGCUUCAUCAUCAUUGACGCCUGCAUCUCCGCAAUCAAUAACCGGAUCAUUAAUGAUUGGUAAUAUUGGUGGCGGUGGACAACAACGUGGACAAACAACAGUUGCACUUUAAACAACAAAUACAAUUCUCAAUUGAAAUGAAAAAUUCUGCCUCAAAAAAAGUCAAAUCAACAAGACACACACACACACAUAGGUCAAGGGAUCUUUUAAAUACAUAGCAUUUUAAAAAUGUCAAUUUUUUUUCUUAUCGAU